AGCAGAAGCAGUCUAGAUCGACGAGAGCCGCGAGGGCCGGACGCUCUGGUGAUCGCAUUUCGGAUAUUUAGCGCUCUCACUGCGAUCUCGGCCUUGCUGUGCACUGCGGUGAGUGUGAUUUCGGUGGUGCGAGCCUUCAAGCAUGGCCGCGAUAUAUUUGAAGGAUUCUUCGCUGCUACGCGGUAGUGAUCGCGCUCUUCGUCGCUGUGGCCGAGACCGAAUGGGAAUUCUUCUUGAAGUUCUGGCGUUGUAGCAGUGAUGACAAAGGCCCUAUCAGAUGAGCACAAGGACCGUGCUUAUCAAGUGGUCUUUUCGGAAGUCGCUAGUGGAAUGCUCCUGGGAUGUGGUGCAGUUUACGUUGUAGCAGUGAGUAUGCUUUUGUUCGUUUUCUUGGAGGUUUUACCACGGUCAAGGACGCGGCCUUUGUCAUCUCAUAUCCGGAAGGCUCUAGCUCGAGCAGCUCGAGAACUUCCAGAGGCUACCGUUCCUUACGAAUUCUCCCAGCGGUCCGGCUGGGGUCUCCGGGAUCCUGGAGCUCAUGAGCUUUACCGUGUAGUAGAGGGCGCUCGUCUUGAACGUCACCACCUUGGCUGGCAGCCGAGCAAUACGUUUUCCUGCGAGAGGCAUACCUGGUGGCCGAAGAAGCCGGAGAAGAGCACGGUCUGGUGA